ACCAUCCUGCCACAUGAGUCUGUUUACCUUGGCCAGACAAACAAUCCGCAAGCCCAUCUUCAAACCUGCUUUUGUAUGUGUCGUUGUUUCCUGUAUCUGGUUUUACCCUCGAUUGACCCCGCCUCAGCCUGCCAUCUCUCGAGCCAUGCAUAUCCAGUCAAUUCCCAUGUGGGAGGGUAGUGGUAACAACUACGCCUAUCUCGUUGUUGACGACAAAUCCAAGGAUGCUGUGAUCAUUGAUCCCGCCAACCCUCCAGAGGUGCUUCCAGUGCUCAAGAAGCAAGUAGACAGUGGAGCUAUCAACCUCAAGAGCAUCAUAAACACCCACCACCACCACGACCAUGCAGGCGGUAACGUCGAGAUGACCAGNCUCAAAACAUACCCUCUCCCCAUCAUCGGUGGAAAGGACUGCAGCAAGGUCACCAAGACGCCCGCACAUGGUGAGACCUUCAACGUUGGUGACAUCAAGGUCAAGGCUUUCCAUACCCCAUGCCACACCCAGGACAGCAUCUGCUUCUUGUUCGAAGAUGGAAACGACAAGGCCGUCUUCACUGGAGACACCCUUUUCAUUGGCGGCAAGUCUCCAAGAGCCAAAUGUUGUGGCCGAUUCUUCGAGGGCACUGCCGAGGAGAUGCACAAGGCUUUAAACGAGACUCUUGCUGCUCUGCCCGAUGAUACCAAGGUCUACUACACCAAGGGCAAUGUCAAGUUUGGCGUCCAAGUCAUGCAGAGCGAACCCAUCAAGAAGCUUGAGGCUUUCGCCAAUGCCAACAAGCAGACUCAGGGCAAAUUCACCAUUGGUGAUGAGAAGCUUCACAACGUCUUCAUGAGACUCGACGACCCUGUCGUUCAGAAGGCCACUGGCAAGACCAGCCCCGUCGAUGUCAUGGCCGCUCUAAGAGAGAUGAAGAACAAGUCC